GCCUGGGCGGGGACCGUCGCCGGCGUCCCUCCCCUCCUUCUGUCUCUCCACGUUGCGCCAGGGGCGAGGCGGAGCGGCGGCGGCGGCGGCGGCGGAGGCGCGCAGCCCGUCCAUCCGAGGAGGAGGCGAGGAUCCGCCUGGACGGCUUUUUGGGAGAGAGAGGAAGGCGGGUGCCAUCAUGUCGGGCUUGGAUUACCUGGCCGCCGAGUGCCUCGUCUCCAUCUCCAGCGGAGCCCUGGUACACCCGGCCACCGGAGCCAAGGAGGACCGCGGGGCUCGCCCCAUCGUCGCGGCCCCGCCGGAGGCGGCGGGGGAAUCCCUGGGAGGAACCCCCGACGGCGCAGGCAGCCUCUCCGGCGCGGCCAAGAGGCACCGAUGCCCGUUCCAGGGCUGCGCAAAAAUCUACGGCAAAUCUUCCCAUCUGAAGGCGCAUCUCCGGACGCACACGGGCGAGCGCCCGUUCCCUUGCAGUUGGCCCUCCUGCCAGAAGAGAUUCGCCCGUUCCGACGAGCUCGCCCGCCACCUGCGCACCCACACCGGCGAGAAGCGCUUCGCCUGCCCGCUCUGCGAGAAGCGCUUCAUGCGCAGCGACCACCUCACCAAGCACGCCCGGCGACACCCGGCCUUCCGCCCGGACAUGGUCCGCAGGCCCGACUGCCACAGCGCCUCUCCAAGUGACUCUGCCGCCAGCAGCCUGGCCGGGAGCCCCGCCCACGACAGCCCCGCCCCCUGA